AUGGUUUUAAUCAACUUCAGUAAUGUCAAGUAUUUUGGUGAAAUCGAGUUCUGGAUUGGCUUGUUGAAAAUCUUUGCAAUUAUUGGGUUGAUCAUCGUUGGAAUAGUCAUCUUCUUUGGUGGUGCUCCUGCUUCUCACGGUGUUUUGGGAUUCCAUUACUGGAAGACCCCUGGUGCAUUCGUUGAACACUUAACUGAUGGUAAUACUGGAAAAUUCUUGGCAGUUUGGACUUCUAUUAUCAAAUCUGCAUUUGCUUUCAUCCUUUCCCCCGAAUUGAUCACAGCAUGUGCCUCAGAAGCUGAACAUCCAAGGGUCAAUCUACCAAAGGCAACAAAUAGAUUCAUCUACAGAAUGAUCGUCUUCUAUGUUCUAGGAUCUCUUACCAUCGGUGUCAUCGUUGCAUCCAAUGAUCCAAGGUUAUUGGGCGCUCUCUCCCAGGGCUCCUCCACUGCUGCUGCUUCUCCGUUCGUUAUUGGUAUCCAAAAUGCAGGAAUCCCUGUAUUGAACCACAUCAUCAACGCGGCAAUCCUCUCGUCUGCAUACUCGUGCGGUAACUCCCAGUUCUUCUCGGCAACAAGAACCUUGCAUUCUAUGGCCAUCAGAGGGGAGGUUCCAAGGCUGUUUGGUAGAACCAACAGAUGGGGAGUUCCUUACUAUGCUGUCACUCUCACUGCCUUGAUUUCACUGGUUUCUUACUUAAACGUCUCCAAUUCUUCUUCUGUUGUUUUCACGUGGUUAACAAACAUUUCGACUGUCUCAGGAUUCAUUUCUUGGAUAUUCAUUGGUAUCAUUUACUUGCGGUUCAGAAAAGCUAUUGAUUAUCAUAACCUAAAUGACAGAGUGACAUUCAGACCGAAAUUUCAAAUUCCAGGUGCAUAUUUCACCAUCUUCUUUUUCACCUUAAUCUCAAUCACUAAUGGUUAUGGCGUCUUUUUUAAUUUCAAUGGCUCUGAUUUUGUUGCUGCUUAUAUCACCUUACCAAUCGUCUUUAUUCUAUAUGUUGGUCAUAUGCUUUGGUAUAGAAACUGGAAACUUUUCACUCCAUCUCGACAAAUCGAUUGUUUCACUGGUCUCGAAGAGGUAGAAAAAGAUGAAGCAAAUUAUAUCGAACCUGUGCCUAAAAACUGGAUUAUGAAAGUCUACUAUUGGUUGUGUUGA